AUGCAGUCUUUUCGUUGGUUCUUCAUAUUCAUUUCUCUGGACAUAACUACCGGCCAACUAGUUCUAUCACCUGCGGCCAACUGGUCGACUUAUGCGAUUACAGUUGCAGGAUCUGCAGCUUGUACUGCUGGAUCCACUCCAUCACUUUUAUACACAAAUCUUGGUAUAUUCAUUACAGACAACGAUACUCUCUACGUUGCUGAUCAGCUCAACCACCGAAUAGUUGUCAUUCAACCUAAUUCGACCAUUGCUAGCAAUAUCAUCGGCUCUGGACCCGGAACCGGCCCUUCUCAAUUCUACUCGCCAACCGAUGUUUUUGUAACCAACGAUGCCAUCUAUGUGCUUGACGCAGUGAACUAUCGAGUACAAAAGUGGUGGAAGAAUGGAAGUAAUGUCACUACCGUUGUCGGAAUCACAGCAACGGCUGGAACAUCCGCCAGUAACACAACAAUCGGACUCAGCUAUCAGAUGUAUGUCGACAAUUCCGGUAAUAUCUAUGUACUUGACUAUGCAAAUCACAGGGUGAUGCUAUUUCCACCUAACUCAGCUAGCGGAACAGCCGGUACGAUGGUCGCAGGAAAUGGUGCUGCAGGCACUGGACCCAAUGCGCUGUAUAAUCCAAGAGGAAUGUUUGUAGAUAGUACAGGUGCAAUGUACAUUGCCGAUACGUAUAAUCAUCGAGUUCAAUAUUGGAUCAUUGGUGCAUGUUAUGCAACGACUGUGGCUGGUAUUGGAACACUCGGGACUAGUUUAAGUCAACUGUAUUAUCCAGUGGCAGUGAUCGUGGAUACGAAUGAUUAUAUGUACAUCACCGAUCAGUUUAACAAUCGUAUUCUUCGAUGGUUAGUCGGGACAUGUGUAGGUCAAUGUGUUGCGUCGUGUGAUGGAACUGCGGCUGGAUCGGUAGCGAACAAGUUUUAUUAUUCUGUUCGUGUGGUAUUCGAUAGUAAUGGCUCAUUGUAUGUGAGUGAUAGUGGCAACAAUCGGGUGCAGAAAUUCGUAAUCACUACAAAUAUCACACAAACAACAGCUGUUGUCUCUCCUACAACUAGUACCACUACAGUGACAACAUCUGCUACCGGUUCUGUUGGGUCUCCAUGGACUCCAUUGGUCCUAUCACCUGCGGCCAACUGGUCGACUUAUGCGAUUACAGUUGCAGGAUCUGCAGCUUGUACUGCUGGAUCCACUCCAUCACUUUUAUACACAAAUCUUGGUAUAUUCAUUACAGACAACGAUACUCUCUACGUUGCUGAUCAGCUCAACCAUCGAAUAGUUGUCAUUCAACCUAAUUCAACCGUUGCUAGCAAUAUCAUCGGUUCUGGUCCCGGAACGGGGCCUUCUCAAUUCUACUCGCCAACCGAUGUUUUUGUAACCAACGAUGCUAUUUAUGUGCUUGACGCAGUGAACUAUCGAGUACAAAAGUGGUGGAAAAAUGGAAGUAAUGUCACUACCGUUGUCGGAAUUACAGCAACGGCUGGAACAUCUGCCAGUAACACAACAAUCGGACUCAGUUAUCAGAUAUAUGUCGAUAGUUCUGGUAAUAUCUAUGUACUUGACUUUGCAAAUCACAGGGUGAUGUUAUUUCCACCUAACUCAACUAGUGGAACAGCCGGUACGAUGGUUGCAGGAAAUGGUGUUGCAGGCACUGGACCGAAUGCGUUGUAUAAUCCAAGAGGAAUGUUUGUGGAUAGUACAGGUGCAAUGUACAUUGCCGAUACGUAUAAUCAUCGAGUUCAGUAUUGGAUCAUCGGUGCAUGUUAUGCAACGACUGUGGCUGGUAUUGGAACACUCGGGACUAGUUUAAGUCAACUGUAUUAUCCAGUGGCAGUGAUCGUGGAUAUGAAUGAAUAUAUGUACAUCACCGAUCAGUUUAAUAAUCGUAUUCUUCGAUGGUUAGUCGGGACAUGUGUGGGUCAGUGUGUUGCAUCGUGUGAUGGAACUGCGGCUGGAUCGGCUGCAAACAAGUUUUACUAUUCUGUUCGUGUGGUAUUCGAUAGUAAUGGCUCAUUGUAUGUGAGUGAUAGUGGAAACAAUCGGGUGCAGAAAUUCGUGAUCACUACAAAUAUCACACAAACAACAUCUGUUGUCUCCCCUACAACUAGUACCACUACAGUGGCAACAUCUGCUACCGGUUCUGUUGGGUCUCCAUGGAGUAAGUGUUAA